GCCAAUUUAUAAAGUUGACCGCUGCUGUUUGGACAUCUUCCCAAAGGGUGGCGAUGUGGAACGAUGUGGAGCUUUUGGUUAAUGAGGAUUCAAGCACUGUCCGCUUUGGCAACGUUUCAGCAGAGGAGAAUGACAGCAGCUUGUAUCAGGUGGACACACUGGUCAAGGUGUCCUCGAGCGAGGUGGAGUCAGACCCUCACCUCUAUUCCAUCAAUGGGCCCAAUUGGAGUAUUCUUGUCGCCGACAGGACGGUUGUCCUAUUCGACCAGAGCUACCAAACCAUCCUGUUGCUGCUUAACUUUGAAAGUGACGUGGAUGCCAUCGACGUGUGCCUGGAUGGACAGUUUGUGUUGGUGUGUGAAAGAAAUGGCAACUUGCACUUGAUCUUUGUUCCGCACAAGAGAAUCCUCCUCACCAAAGCUUUGGUCGUCAAACCAAACAGCGGCGACAAGAAAACGUAUUGCGCCCUCAUCACAGAGGAGAAUAAGGCAUCACAAGGCCUGUACCAUGUGUUUCUGGUUAUAAAGGAUGGGUUCUUCCACAUCACCAACUUUAAUUUGGCAAAGAUCAAAAUAGCCAUUGAAAAUAUGGACAUGGCUGCUUUAAAAGAGCUUCAGAGUGUCAUCAAGAUAGACUUCUGCUCAACCAAGAUGUACCACAACGAAAGUUGCAGUAAUGCAGUCACCUUCAAGCUGGCCAAUAAAAUCCAUUUAUUGAUUGGGGGAGAUGAGGAACAUGCAGUCACUCACUGGACCAUGGACCCUCAUCAGUCUAAGAUGUGUUUCACUCAGUCCUUGGACAAUAGUUUGAUAUCAGGUGUUAAGAAGAUGGUGGUAAUGGGAAAUUUUGUGUACAUUCUCGACACGGAGGAAGUCCUGAGUCUUUGGGAAGUGCAUUUCAUGAUCAUGGUUCACGUCUGGCCGAACGUUGCUCUUCUCGACUUUGAAUUAAUCACGGAAUGCGGCUCAGCGGCCUUGGCGGGCAGUCAAGCGGAGGACGGCGUGAAGAUGAUCACCCUGGAAAAACAAGACAAGAGUCAGAUUAACUCACUACGGAUCCGAUGUUUGCCCUCUUUGUCUAUUUGCCACUGCCUGGAUGUCUUCUCAGUGUCCUGUCUUGUCCAGACAAAAAUAAGAAUGGACACCAUUUAUUUUGUGGAGGUGAUUCAUACUACAUCAGAAAGUAGAAAAGAAUGUGUUUCCUCCCUCGUCAUCCGAUGCCUGACGGAGGCUCUGCCAGAAAACAAGCUGAGUAGACUUCUUCACAAACACAGAUUUGAAGAGGCUGAAAAAUUUGCCGCUCUAUUUGAGCUGGAUUUAGAGCUGGUUUACAAGGUGAAGCUGGACUUCGUGCUGGAGCAGCUAGCCUCGGCGUCAGUGGGCGGCUACGGACAAGACGUGUGGUCUGAACUCGUGGAGGAGGCCAGAAUCAACCUGAUGAAGAUUGCUGACGAGCAGUAUGUGGUGGAUUACUGCCUCAAGGCUCCGUGGCCGACCUUCGAGACGGCGGAGAAGAUGCUAAGCUAUGCCGCCACGCGGUACUCGUCCUUACAGAUCUACGAGGCUUUAGCCAGACUGGCAACGUUUUGCAGCCUUCACGGCCACGAAAAAUUCAACGGCAUCGCCUGGAUUGAGUUCCUGAACAGCACGGACACAUUAGGAGACAUUCUGACCCACCUGAGAGACGGCGACCUGAGGGGGGCUCAACUCCUCUGGCUGAAAUAUGAGGGCCAGAUUGCAGGCAGCUUUGAUGAGAGCAGUCUGGAGGCCGUCCUGGAUGCCAUUCCAGAGGAUCUGCCAUCCCAAGACCUGUGUCCCUGGUUUAGGACAGUGUUUCUUCCUUUUGUCCGGAAAGCGUUUCCACCAGGACAGAAAAUCCUGGCGAGAUGGAUAGAACAGAGGGCACGCAAUCUGGAGCUGAUUGAAAAGGGCACUUGGCCACUGAAUGGGCUAGCCUUGGCAGAGCUCGGACUGCCAUCUUUAUGGUCAUGGAUGAAAUCUGAUGACAAUUACAGCUCAGAAGAAGUAGAGAACCUAAGGACCCUGGUGUCCAAUUUACGUCAGCUGCUGGACCUUCACACCAAAUACAACUGCAGACUUUCCCUUUCCCUCUUUGAGAAGGGAAACGUACCCAGUGUGGCGUUCCUCAUGCUGGAUAAAGUGGCGGCUCCAGUGCUGAUUUCCGCCACUGUGGAAAACAACGUUCUGCCUUAUGCUAAGGAGCAUGACAUUCUUUUGGAUCAGCUCCUUCUACAGUACAUUAAGGAUAUGCUAGAACGUUGUAGCUCCAAAACCACAACACUUUUCACAGCAUGGGAAGCCAGAGCAGUGGCAGUGCUGGGAUGCAUGGGAGAUAUGGAUCUAAUGCUAGACGCCGUGCUAGAGAUCAUGCAGAAAGCCGUCUUCCCCUGGAGUAACGUGGUGGAGGAGAUGGUUCAGCAGUACCUGGAGAUUGAAGGACCCAAGCAGGAACUUUUAAAGGAGAGCUACCGUCUGAUGGAAAUCCGAAAACUUCUGCGUGCUUACGGGAUCCGCAGUUACAACCUCUCGAACCCAAGUCAAAUUAUGACGGUAGUUCGAUACAUCUUGAAGCAGGACUCUCCGAAUUGUCUGCAGGACGCCCUGACUCUAGCGGAAGUGUACAAACUUCCGACAUCACAUAUCUACUAUUUGUAUCUCAUCGAGCUGAUUAGCCUUGGCCAGAGCAACACGUGUGUCGCCACACUAAAGAGUUUGCCCUGUAAAGAGAUUUCCUGUGUGAUGGAGCGUCUCACUUCCUGGGCCAUGCUGAAGUUGGAGGACAAAGACCACAUCUCUGAUGACCACAAGAAACAGAAGAUGGUCAUUGCCCAGGUGAUGGUGGAGUUACUGAAACACCAGCGUGUCAUACACAAUCAUGACACUUUUAAAAGCAUGGCGUGUGAAAGUAAUCUCCUCAUGUUCAAGGCCAUCGCCCACCUCCAGGAGGAUUUUGAUAUCUUCUUCACCCCCGCCAACUACGAAGACCCCAACAUCCAGAAACAAAUCAGGGAGCGUCAUAUUGCUGCGUAUGAGCGUACGCGGAGCCCCGGCUCGUCCACAACCGUCUCCACCGAGGCCGGCCUGCGUCGUCUGGGCAGGUUGCUGCAGCGUAGCGAGCAGGAGCUCUGGUCCGACCUGGCCCUGCGAGCUCUGGGGACAGGCAAUGUCCAAAAAGCCCUCCCCAUCCUCAGCGAGCUCUAUGAACACCACUACAACACGGGCACCGGCAAGGUGCUGUUCACUGCCGCCAAGACGCUGUGCCACAUGCUGGAGGCUGACGUGCCCAUGGUGCUGCCCCACGACAAGGACCUGCCAGCCGUCAUCCACCACCUCGCCUGCCAGGCUGUCACUGUGUGCCACCCGGACUUGCUGCUGGACUGUUUGGAGCUUUGCAAGUCAACACGGCUCGCCAUGGACAUCUAUCAUCAAUGCCAAUUAUCAGACAACUACGGCUUCGUGGCCAAGGAUUUGGCUGUGGGCUCAGAGAUAGAUCCAUAUUCUCAGUGGAGUUUCCAAGAUGUCUUUAAUGAGGAUUGCAUUGUUUUGGACCCAGUGUCUGUGUUGCCCGUCCAGUAUGAAAUCACCGACUGCUUGAUACCUGUUUCUCAAGAAAGCAAACUGUAUCCCCUGGACUGUUCCUGCCUCUCACACUGCUCAUUUGAAGACGGUUCCAACUUCCUGCGACCCCUGCUGAGUCCUCUGCUUAGCAUGUUACAGAUGUUACAGGAGUGCAGUCAGCUGGAGCUGGCCCUCAGGGUGCUGGUCAACUCCUAUGGCAGCUGCCUGCAGCACGUUACCUCCAACAUCAUGGACGUCAAGAUUAGUGCACAGCUUUACAACGCACAAGAGCUAAGAAAGUACAACGUGUCCUUGAACGAGCUGCACAAGAUUACCAACUCGUCCCUGAAUUCCAUUGCCGUGACUCUGCUUAAUAAAGUGUUCAACUGGAGAAUGGUGGAUUGCGAUUUGGCCAUCGGGCUGUGCAUGCUCAUCUCGAAGGAAGAGGUCUUUAAAAUUCUGUGGAAGGUUAUUGACAACACAUGGGAAAACUAUGAGAGAAUUCUGGCUGUGGCCACGAUCGGGACGGAGCUUUGCACCUUGUACGAUCAUGGCGAGGAAAAGAACAAGUUUCUGUCCGUCAUCACUGAUGCAGAAUGGGGCAUCAAGCUUGCCAAAAUAGAGAUCUCCAUCCAGCCUGUGUUUCACCAGCAGCCCGAGUUGAAGAGCAUGUUGAUCCCUGUUCUGGUGAAAAACAAGAGGAUCACUCCUGACAUCAUCUUCCAGUACUGCAGUACGUACGGUCUGGACAGCGACAGCAUCAUCAACCAGUACAUUAUCACUGUGCUGCUGCUCAAAGAGGAGGAGGAGGAAGAAACAGGCUACGCCCAACCCCUGUGCCAUGCGGAUGCAUUGGAGCGGGUCCUGUCCAUCAUCCCCAAGUUGCAUCAAACUAGGGAGCUCAUCAGCAGUCUGUCGGCUGCCAUUUUCAAGCUCAGUCCUUACAACUACGAGAGGAUUGAGGUGGUGUUGAAGAUCUUACAGGCUGCCGACGAGGCUGUUGUAGGCUUUUCUGUCAGUCAGGCAAUGGGCCUCCUGCAGCACUUAAAGUCAUACAAGCGUCUGGCUCCCCCAUCGGACGUGGAACACGCAUACAUCCUGGAGAACAACCUGCCACCCAGCCCCCUGGAUGCUGUCAGGCUACCUUUCCACCUGCUAUUUCAGAACAAACAUUACUGGAAGAUCAUGUCUCCAGAGCUCACUGAGGAGACCUUCCCAAGUCUUCUUCUAAUCAGCAAACUGAUGAAGGUGACCCUGGACAAGCUCUACAUGUUGGCGGUCAACCACGUCUUCAAUACAAAGAUGAAGCCCCUACUGGAGCAAAGGAAGAGGGCUCAGGCUCCAGGCUUGAAUAAGGACACCCAGAAGGUGGCCGUGACCAUCAUGACGUACAUCCGCUGCAUCCAGAACCUUGAAUGGGCAGCUGCCACAGCCCACAAGAUCUCCCAGGAGCUGCCUCCAGGUUUUGAGAAGAUGCAGUCACUUCGGUUCUGCUUGGCCAUUGGAGAAACAUGGCUUGCUAAUCCAAACCUUGACGAUGCGACGCAGAUCCGAGUGAAGGCCUUCCUGUGCAAGGGCCAGCUGCAGCUCUUGCGCUCGGCCACGGAAAACGCCUUGAUGAACACUCGGCUCAACACACCCGAGCACCUCAAGCUCAGCGGUGCUCCGGAAAGACUCAUCAUGGCCCUGUAUGAGCACAGCAGCGUGGAGCAGCGCUUCAGGGACUCAGGAGGGUAUACCUAUCCUGACAUACACGCUGUGGUGAAGGAAAUAGCCACCAUCAACCAAGUGGAUCUUCUGAAAAUCCACAACACACUGUUGGAAAAGUGGAUCUGCAGAACGGGUUUUGUAUCAGCGAAGGAUAUCGGCCACCAGGAAUGUGUCAACAACUUCAAGGAUGACCCAGACUUAAUGAAGGUGGUGUACAUGCUGCAGUCUCAACCUACAACCAACGCUGUGUGCCUUCUCAGCUCUAUCUUGUCUGGUGAGACCUGGCCUCUCAGCAAAUCCGGGCCUCGUCUCACCUUCUGCCAUCGAACCCGAGCGCUCCUUUGCCUCGUCCGGCUCGCCGACGGCGCCACUCUGGAGGCCCAGUUGAAGAUCCCCAUAGCAGAACUGGACUACCACCUGAAAUGCUACGUCUUUGUGUCCCGGCUGGAGGCGCUGAACAUUCCCUACACGGUGCGGUCGUUCCUCCGCAGCCCCAAAGAGGGCUUGAUCAAAGGUCUGUGGAAGAACCACAGCCAUGAGCCACAGGCGGUGUGCUUGGUGGCAGACCUGUGCCUGGAGUACAAAGUGUAUGACCCUCAGCUGUGGAACAGUCUUCUUCAGAAGAUGCUUUGCUUCAACUUGAUUAGCGAUCUUCAAAAGGUGCUCGAAACAGUGGUUGCCAUGCCAGUCCUGUGGGAGAUUUCUAGUUUCUCCAGGGCCUGGAAGAGUAUGCUACUAGCACCUUUUGUCUCAGCAGCCUCUUUACCAUUGAGUGUGGAUCAACAAGCUACACUCUACAGGAAUUUUGUUCUCCUUCUAAAGUGUCCACUGUUGUUAAACAUGGAUCUGAUAGGAAUCGCCAAAGGCUUCGCCCAGUUCAAUCUGCUGGCCUUCGCCCUGGGAACGCUCCUGCUCAUCCCUUGUGCCAGCAAAAGAAAUCAGCAGGUUCAGGGCUUCCUUUCUGUGCAUGACCCACUCAUUGUACUGGAUCAGCAAGAGGAGCUCUUGAACACAGGAGAAUUCGCCGGUAUCCCUUCACAGGUCAGAGAGACCGUGUUGACAUACAUGAUCCAGCACGGUCAACACAGCAAGCUAGUGAAGACCAAUCACUUCACGCACCUGAAGAAGUUCAUGGUUACCAGCCGCCAAACGGACAAGGUGAAGGACCUUAUCAAAGACCUGAUCAACCACAACUGUCGGGAUGACGCUCACUCGCUGGCUCAAGAGUACAUGAAACACACAGCACAUGGAGACAUGACAAAUGGAGGCCUCCAGGAACUUCUUACCUUGCAGAAUGGAGUUUCUGGCUAAUGUUUUUCCCACUGUAAUUUUGUCAUCUUAUCUUUGGUCCCUGUUUCCUGUUCAAAUAAAUGUUCUUUCUGUUCACUUUUGUAAUUGAAAGCGACAUUCUUGGAGUCUUGUGUACAGUAAGUGAGCACUGCUAAAGUCCUAUGUCAAAUUCUGUGACCAUAUGUCAAAUACAGUGCAAUGUAUGACAAAUAGUAUAGACCACAUGUCAAAUAUAAUGAUGGUACGUCAAAUGCAGUGAACUAUGUGAAAUACAGUGGACA